AUGACGCUGCUAAUCGCAGCAGGGGAAGGGAAGGGACGGCGAACGGUAGUGGUGGGAGGAGGAGGCAGGGAGGGAGAAGGGAAGGAGGCGACGCCGACAGGGAGGGGAAGAAAUCUUGUGGUGGAUAUAACCAAUUUUUACAACCAGUAUAAGUCGUGUGAGCCGUGGCUAAAGAGGAAGAACCCACCGCAAACUCCAAGGAAGAAGAUUUUGCAAGGCAAAGAGGAUAUGAAUGAGCUAAAUGGUAUCUAUGAGUGCAUUUUGUGUGCCUGCAGUAGCACAUCAUGUCCGAGCGACUUGUGGAACCCAGAGUCCUAUCUCGAUCUGGCUGCCCUCCUUCAUGCCAAUCAGUAA